CCGAAAAACAAAAACCCUCCAUAAAACUACGACCUUCUCAAAACAUCACGCCAUACACGAUGAGUGGGUAUGAACAACAUGUGGCCGAGGUCUGCCAAAGGGGGAUGCGCCUCUACAUGGGACUGUCCGACAUCAACGUCGCUCUGAACAGCUACCUGAGGGAGCUAGACGACGGAGACUGGGACGUCUACGAGGAGGACCACGAGGACCUCAAGGGCACCAGGGAGCUGGAGGCGGCCAAGGCCGAACUGGUGACGGAGCUGGCCUGCUUCGACGACCUUCGUCAGGACUUUCUCAGCGCCUGGUACGUCGGCCGCGGCGAAGAAAUCUCCAAGCUUGAGGAGACGGUGAGGGCCGAUCCGGACCUGCGCCAGCUAAUCGCAGAGAUUGAAGGACCCAGCCUCGAGUUCGACGAGGACCACGAGAGGAUGGCCAAGACCAUUGCCGACAUUGCGUCUGCGGUGAGCUACUUUGGUUGCACAAUGUCCUCCCUUGGAGUGCCGGCCUGGUGA